GGCAAAGGCCGGGCUGAGGGAAGGGGCGGGGCGGAGGCCCGGGUGAGGGAAGGGGCUGCCGACCUGAGCGGCUGGAGGCAAGAUGCAGGACCCCAAUGCAGACACUGAGUGGAAUGACAUCUUACGCAAAAAGGGCAUCCUGCCUGCGAAGGAAAGUCUGAAAGAGUUGGAAAAGGAGGCAGAAGAGGAGGAACAGCGAAUCCUCCAGCAGUCAGUAGUGAAAACGUAUGAAGAUAUGACUUUGGAGGAGUUGGAAGAGAAUGAAGAUGAAUUUAAUGAGGAGGAUGAACGGGCUAUUGAGCUGUACAAGCAGCGAAGACUGGCUGAGUGGAAAGCAACUCAACUGAAGAAUAAGUUUGGAGAAGUUUUGGAGAUUUCAGGAAAGGAUUAUGUUCAAGAAGUUACCAAAGCUGGUGAAGGCUUGUGGGUAAUAUUGCACCUUUACAAACAAGGGAUUCCCCUGUGUGCCCUUAUAAAUCAACACUUCAAUGAGCUUGCCAGGAAGUUCCCUGAUGUCAAGUUUAUCAAGGCCAUUUCAACAACCUGCAUACCAAAUUACCCUGACAGGAAUUUGCCCACUAUAUUUGUAUACCUUGGAGGUGAUAUCAAGGCACAGUUCAUUGGUCCCCUGGUAUUCGGUGGAAUGAAUCUGACAAGAGAUGAGCUGGAGUGGAAACUAUCUGAGUCUGGAGCGGUCAAGACAGACCUAGAGGAGAACCCCAAGAAACCCAUUGAAGACAAGUUGCUAUCCUUAGUGCGGGGCUCUGUCCCCAUGAGGAGCGGCAGCAGCUCCGACAGUGACUAAACCAAAGCUUCAGCAGCCAUAACUUUUGAACUUUUUUGAUGUGACAUAUAAUCUGGAUGUAUCUUCAGAAGAAAAAAGCAAGAACACAUCUUUUUUUUAUUUUUUUUAGCCUUUUCACAAUUAUACUUUAAAUGUUAUAUAUUUCAGAAAUUAAUGCUGGGAAUUAUAUUAAAUUUCUGGAAACUUUUAAAUUAA